AUCAAGAAAGGAUUAAGAAAAAAAAAAAAGAAAUUAAAAAAUGAUUAUCUCUGGAGUCAUCCUUUCUGCACUGCUCACGCUUCUACUUUGUGACUGUGCUCACAGCAGAAGAGUCGAAUGCAAAACUGACUGUUGCUCAUUUGUGGAGGGCUUUCCUGUAAGGCUGAGGGAGCUCCGUUCUGCAUACAAAGAAAUUCAGAAGUUUUAUGAGUCCAACGAUGACUUGGAACCAUUAUUAAAUGAAGACAUAAAACAUAACAUAAACAGUCCCUAUGGAUGUCACGUCAUGAAUGAGAUCCUGCAUUUCUACUUGGGGACCAUUCUGCCAACAGCUCUUCGGAAGAAUCCUUUACAGCACUCCAAAACCCCAAUCGACUCUAUUGGAAAUAUAUUUCAGGAACUCAAGCGGGAUAUGGUGAAAUGCAAGAAGCACUUUUCCUGCCAAAAUCCCUUCGAAGUCAACAGCUUAAAGAAUUCAUAUGAAAAGAUGAAGGAAAAGGGGGUUUAUAAAGCUAUGGGGGAGCUUGAUUUGCUCUUCAGGUACAUCGAGCAGUAUCUGGCCUCAAAGAGGGUUAAGCACUAAUAGGAUGUUGCUGGGUUGGACAGGGGCCAGUAUUACUCUGUCUAAAUCUCUGAAAACAGUAUUGCAUGGAUGCAGUAGACAAAGCCAAAUGGACUUCAUCCACAAAUCACUUGCACAUCACCUACCCCGUCCGUCCAUCCAUCACACUACUGUACUGUUAGAUGCACUGCAAUGACAGCCUCUUCAUCUUCAGUUUCUGGAGUUCUGGAAAACAUCAAUGCUUUAGAAAAGUAUUACAAGUAAUACAAAUUAUGUAUUAUAAGUAAUACAAGAAGUAUUAGGUCAAAUUGACCAGCCAUGUUUUGAAUUUAAGUUGUAUUUUGUCAACUUGAACAACAUACUUAUU